GGCAGGCGAGAGUAGUAAUGGAGUCGGAAACGGCGUCGUCGGCGGAUGAACAGCAACUGUCCGGUUCUGCAGCUGAUACCAGAGGCAAGCAUCGGAUUCUUGCUGAACUUAAGCGUGUCGAACAAGAAUCCAAGUUCCUCGAGGAAGAGAUGGAAGAGCUUGAGAGAACUGACAAUGUAUCAACAUUGUCUGAGGAGUUGCUGCUUAUCAUGGAGACAAGACCUGAUCCACUACUCCCAUUAACAAAUGGUCCUAUAAACCCAUCUUGGGAUAGAUGGUUUGAAGGGCCCCAAGACGCCAAAGGUUGCAGAUGCCAGAUUCUCUGAUUUGAGGCAAUCUAACUUUUGUUCCCAAGACAUGUUAAAAUGUUACAGCUGAUUUGUUUAUGUUAACAAAUGUUUCAAUUGACUCUUUCAACAGUGUGCAAUACCAAAAAGUUAUGGAUGACUCAGAUUAAAUUGUAUAAUUUACUUUUCUGAUUCAGAAAUUUGUAUAUCAGAUGCAUCUCCUGCAGAUAUGAGCUUCCAAACA